AAGUGACUUCUGGAAGGAACUCACUGAGAUAAGCCGAAAUUACGCAACCCGCACCGCGCGGUGCGUCUAUGGCUACGGAAAGCCGAGCGGAUAGUAGAGCCAGACAUCCUCUCCAGUCCUGAAUUCAACUGUGUUAUCUGGCUUAUCCGUAGCUACAGUGCUGACGUUCAUUACAGUGCUCGCUGGACGUCGUCGGCAUUGGGCUUUAACCCGGAUAGCCCUAUCUAGUGUGAUAAUUGAUAUCCCGUCUCUCAGACUCCGUCAAUAAAACGCUGCACCAUUAUGCUGUUGUGGGUCGCAGUCGGCUAUUGAUGAAAUUAUUAAAAGUCCUAAGUAUGUUCUUAAUCAAUUUAACUAUAAACUAAAAAUAGCUGAAGUCAAAUACAGAGAUUAAAUUUGUUAUCAUUUUCAGUUUAUUGAAUUGAAAUUAAUAUUUUUUAUUCAUUAGAUUUAGGUGAAGAUGAUAUAUAAGAAUAAUAGUUAAUUGAACAAAAUAAAGGAAAUGUAACAGAAAAAAUAAUAAAUAUAUAUACUAAUACUAAUGUUACAAUUUUGAUUAAUAUUUUAAUCAUUAGACGGAUGUGCUAAUUUCUGACCGAACACGGCCCUGCCCAAGCGUUCCUACCCCAUGGGAAAGUCCCCGACGGAUUUUCGCGGCACUUGCAUGCGAUUAUGAAACAACUGAUAGCCGGUAUGAAUACUGAUCGUGAAAUACUAUCGCAUGGCGGCAGCUAGGGAACCAUACGCUCCUGGCAGAAUGGAGACGCUGUGCACUUCCACGCAGACUCGUAUAAAGCUUAAUGCAUUUUUUUCGGUCGGCCCAUGUCGGACUAUAACCGGAUUCGCGUUGGUUGGUCCCGCAUCGCGUGGAGAGCUAACGGAGAGCCAAUCGCACCUUGCGAGCGUUCGUGGUGGCGCGUGGGAGGUGCUCUGCUGUUUCCCGGGCGGUCGCCCAACCUGGUUUUUUUUUAGGUGUGGUGGCCCUCACUACUUCCAAUCUUCCCGCCUCAACUCCAAGAAGGAAACACCAGCGUUUAUUUUCUUUAUGCCUUUAUUGCUUAGGGUCAGCACGCAGUCGUAAUUAAGAGAGAGAAAAGUGAUCUUACAGCCGGGCUGCAAACUCUCGUAACUAUCGCGUACUUUACAACGUUGCCAUUUUGUCGGAAUAUCGAAAGCUCUCUUCCAUUACAAUACUUUAUAGAGUCGGAAAUCACUUCCUUGUAAAUUUCUGACUUCUAAUACUCUCUGCAAGGGUAUAAAAACCAGGUGGACUUAUGUAUAGUAAGCUUUACAAUAUAAAGACGGAGACGCGCAUCCUCAGCAGUCUCACGGAGCGCUUGGACGGAAUCGACGCGCGCAACAGCUGUCUGAGCGGGUUAAUAACUUACGCCGGGAGAUUGCGGACAUGCGCGCAACGAAGGAGAGAGUGGGUAGCGUAGAGGCAAAACAUGUCGCACAAAACGAACUCCGUAUGCAUGGCGUGCCGUACAGGGAGGGAGAAAAGCUUGAAGCACUGUAAAACCAGCUCUGAUUUUCUUUGCAUAUCACUUCUUUAAAAUUCGUUAAUUUUAAGCUUGGUGUCCCUGACCAGCUGUUCACCGAGCUUAGUGCGCUCUUCGGAUUUGCACUUUCAUCAUGUUCCGUCUCUCUUUCAUAUCAACAACAUAAUCAGCUUAAGCAGUGCGUGCCCGCUAUGUGCUUGGCUUCAAUAUCGGCGCGCUCUCAUCUUGUCUCGCCGCUCUCCUGAUGCAGCAACAGCAGCAUCGGCUUGAGAUUUCGAUUUCACCGUUGGACAUCCUACAAUAGUUUUCUUGGCGCAUUCGCUUAAUUUUCGGCUUUCUCACAAUAUUGGUAUGGAAACGGCACCCUCUCUCAGGGUUCCGCUUGAAGAUGCUCUCACCUUCUGCUUGUGAAGAGCCGUUUAGACAUCAACAGCUGAUGUCGUCAGUCUUAUCACCAAAUGGAUCGGAUACAACUGCGUGUAGGAUUCUCUUAGAAGCAGCGCUCUCUUCUUACUCAACAGCUUCAUUCAUUGUGAGAACUCUUCAUUUUCUUCAGAUACUUUGAGCAUUGAUCAACACCCUGUACGUAUCCGCAUAAUAAUAUUGAUGACCUGAUGACGACACCAACAAAGCGUUUUUUGUCUAUUUAUGCUGCCUGGCCGAACAUGGAUAUCACGCUCUUUGAUGACCAAACUUGCGUAAACAAUGCAUUGUUUAGCAUCUAUUGUCAAAAUAUUACUGUUGAAACAUGGCUCAAUUUGGCAAAGAAUUUUUCGAUCCUAAUCUACCAAGUAUUUCACAAAGACCGGGAUGCUGUUCAAACACAAUGCUCUUUUAGAGGUGGCAGCGCUCUCAUAGCUGUGCGGCGUAAUCUGCGUUGCGCUUCUAUUCGUCUCCUAAAUGAGGACUCUCUCCUUGAUCAAAUUUGCGUAACUCUCUCUGGUCCUGGAGUCGAUAUUCCUGGUGGUAUCCAAGCGCAGAAACUUCGAGCUAUACAAGGCUCAUGUGGACAAUAUAAGGAUCUAGAUGAUAAUCAGUACAUCUGCACUCUGGACGUCUUCAACCUUUCAUCGCUUUUGUGGGCUCAUGAUGCAGAUGCCUCGGCGAUGGUUCCCAGCAAUUUACAUCUGCAUCCUGAAAUUAUAUUUAUUGAUGAUCUUCUAAGCAUUGGAUGAGUCCAGGUUAAUGUAUUUAAUAGUUUAAACAAACUUUUAGACCUAAUUUUUAUUAACCCCGACUUAACGUUAAUUUAAUUGUUUUAAUAACCCAAUAUCUGAGUGAGAUGGUCAGCAUCAACCACUUUUAAUUAAGUUGACCUGUCAUAUUUUUCCAAUAUGUAACUUUAUUUCAAUUCGGAAUGAUAUUUCUAAUUUUAACUGAAAUGAGAUCCUUUCGCAUGCAAGUGUGGAUAUAUGCUAUGAACAUUUUUUGACUUCUCUCUCUACUAUUAUCAAAAAGUAUGCUUAAAAUAGAGCUUCUUGUUCUUGUAGACUUCCCUGAUACACGCCCGGACUAAAGAAAUACAAAAAUCUUAGAAACAAGUUUUAUAAACGUUAUGCUGAAAGCGGGGAUUCUGAAAAUUUUGAUCGGUACAAGCAACAUAAGCGCGAAUUCAAAUUCUUAAAUAAAUUUUUAUACAGUCAAUACAUUGCAGUUGUGGAAAGAAAACUGAUUACUAACCCUAAAUUAUUUUGGCAUUUUGUAAAUUCUAAAAGAACAAUAUCGCAUAUUCCUUCCUAUAGUUUGCCUGGAAAAAAAUCAGCCUCCUCUGACUUGGGGGUGACUAGUUUAUUCGGAAAGUGUUUUUCAUCCAACUUUGAGCCAUUAUAUUAUUGGAAUGAUGAAUUAAUACUGCAAUUAAUUGCCUCAGUGCUAAGUAUAAGGAAAUUUUUGAUUCUGACUGUCAUACUGCUGCUAUGAUCUUUAUUGACUCGGAGAAAACGGAUAGUACGAAAGUUCAUACGUCAAUAACACACGCUAAGUAAAUACAUUUCAGGUUAAAAUUCGACGAAGCUGUUAAUACCAAGAGAUAUCAAUCCAAAAUUUGUACAAAUUCUAAUGCUUCAGAUAUUACCACUUAUAACACAUACAUUUAACUCUGCAAUUACAUUUUCAACAUUCCCUGAAUAAUGGAAAAUUACGAAAGGGAAUUACCAAAAGGACUGAAAAUUUUAUAUGCCCAAGAUCUAAAUCGCUUUUUCCAAAUAGACAAUUUUUUAACUUGCGCAACCCAGUUUAAAUGUUACAUUAAGGAAAUUUUAAAAUAAAAAAAAAUAGUAUAUAAGUAGUAUAAGUAUAGUAUAUAA